CCACAUAUCCCAUCUCGUAUCCAUCCAUCCGAGCCAAUCCGAAUUUCAGCACAAUGGCGGCCAGAUCCAAUUCCUUGCGUGCUUUGCAGCGCUAUGUAAGCACCUUUCUGUCCUAUCAUCAUCAGAGCCAACCAGGUUGUUAGGUCGGCGAUGCGCUCGUCAAGCUCGGUGUCCCUCAUGGCGGCUAUCUGUCUGGGAUCACCAUGUACUCUCCCGGCCUCAUGUCCCCCACGGCGAAGAUCUUCGGUCCCGCAUAUACAGUGAAAAUGGUGCAUGCCGCGGACAAGGCUUCGCCAACACUCGAAGUUCACUUUGCCGAUGCCAUUCCCCAAGAUAGCGUCGUAUUUGUAUCGCAACCGAAAGGCCUGAUCAGUGCCUGCUGGGGAGGUCUCAUGAGCACCCGCGCUCAGAACCGCGGUGCGGUGGGAGUCGUCAUCGAUGGCAAAUUUCGCGACAUCCAUGAGCAUCGCGAACUAGGGAUGAAUAUCUUUGCGCGUGGCAUCAGUGUCCUAGGAUCAAAUACGUUCACCCGUUCUUCGGAGCUGAACAUUCCAGUGACGUACGAGAACAUAGAAAACGGAGGACAGGUUGUCAUCAAUCCCGGGGAUUAUAUUCUUGGAGAUGCGGAUGGAGUGGUCGUUGUCCCGCCGGAUAACGCGGAAGAGUGCGUGCGUCUUUGCCAGGAGCGCUAUGAGAUUGAUGAGGAGACACGACGCUGUUUGGAACGCGGAGAUGAGAUAGGAAGUACAAUCAAAAGGCUGCGGAAAUAGAUCAGUCUGAAUGUCAUCAGGCUCGCCGAGGGAUGACAUGUCCCUGUUUGGAGACGAGACUUGAUUAUCACAGAAUCCAUGGCUAUCUGUAAU